AUGAGUGCGUUGCAACGUUUACAGGAGUUCCGCUUCAAGAAGGCUCAGGAGGUUGCAGCAGCUGGAAGCAAGGCUCCCCUGACCGCCGCCUCUCGCCCUAGCCCCGCCACGACCAGCAGCAACAGCAACAGUAACAGCAAUAGCAACAGUAGCAGUAGGAGCAUCAGCAAGGAACGCGCGCCUACCAAAAGUGCUCCUCACAUCAUUCCCGGAACGUCCGAUAUCGAACUCGACAGUGACAGCGAAAGCGACAUAGAUCUUCGCAAGGGCGUCAAUAAGCUCUCGACCUAUUCACCUGCCCGCCAAGCAUCGCCCAGGCCUGCCUCAGAUCGCCCCAUGACAUCGACCGGAAGGACCAACAGCGCGCUUUCUGGCUCACAGUCCAGCACGCACGCCAGUCAAUCAACCCUUCCUUUCAAAAAAUUGAUCGGAUCCUUCCGUUACACAGGCCAAGACGCCGAUCCUUCACCAUCCCCAUCGGAUCUCCUGAGCGACCAGGAUCUCAGCAGCCCAGGACUGAGCGAUAGCGAUAGCGACGAGGACAACAAUGUCGCCAUUAAUGGAGGUCGUCACGGCUAUACCGACGGGAGCAACGACAGCAACGGUCAAAGCAAGCCCAUCAAGCGACAAAUUGUCAGCAGCGACGAGGACGAUGUUGUAGAGGUCAAACCCCGGAGACGGCUUGUAAAGAAGGGCGACCUAGAUAGGGCUUCGACUGCUACCCCAGAUGAACACGUUCCUCAACGGCGACGACUGGUCAAGCGUGCUCUUCUCGACUCGGACUCGGACUCGCAUUCGCCUGCCGCUAAGUCAUCCAAGCCCAUUGAUAUUCUGUCUGACGACGACGAUGACGUGGAGGUAGCAAGCACUCUGGACGAGGCGCUGGCAAAGCUGCAGGACAAGUACGCAGAGGCAGAUUUUGAUGACUUAAAGUCAGCCCUCGACAAGGCUGACGGCGAAUACGCCCUGGCUGAUGGCAUCCUCGCCAGCAAAUUCCACAGGCUGUUUGACUUGGAAGGAUCGAGUGGUCAACAUUCGGCUCAACGUUCAUCACAUUCCGGCCAACACUCUCAACAAAACCGACUCGACCGGCUGGCGCACAAGCCAUCCUCGUUCAAAGCCGUCCCUUUGCCAGUCAAGUCCGCCCCUGCUCCUGUCAGGAAACAGUCCAGAUCACCCAAGAGUGAAGAGAUGUCCGAUUCAGCCGAAGAUUCUUAUGACGAGGACGGCGGACGCAACAACUACCAGGAACAGUAUCGGAAGGAGGAGCGUGCACUUGCGUUCUUCAACGAGGCGACUAGGGCGGAGUUGCAGGAGCUGACCGGAUGUUCCAAGACUCAAGCGAACAGUGUCGUUGCCCUGCGGCCUUUCGACACCUUUGACAACCUCUGCGUGUCUCUUCGCAAGCGAAAGAUUGGCGAGAAGAUUGUCACCAGCUAUCUAACAACCACCGAUGCCAUUCGUGCGGUCGACACGAUGCUAAAGUCUGUUGAUCAGGUGCGUGAGGACUUGGUCAAAACCUUAAACGUCUGGUGCGGUGGCGAAAACGGCAAGCUGUUCGAGUCAGGAUCAAACAGCAACAGCGUGAAGGUCGACAAUGCAGACAAGGCGACUGAUGAAGAUGAGGGGGACGAACCAGGAAUGGAGCUUGUGGACGUCGAUGUGGACAAGGCUUCGGCGACCAAGGAAGGCAAGGAGGCCAUGAGACAUUUCAUCCGCAAACAGCCCGGCAACAUGGCGCAUGGAUUCCAGCUCAAGGGAUACCAGCUGUUGGGAAUCAACUGGCUUGCUCUCCUCUGGCGCAAAAAACUCUCGGGAAUCCUUGCAGACGAGAUGGGCCUGGGAAAGACGGCACAGGUUAUUGCGUUCCUGGCGCACUUGUUUGAGAAUGGGGAGGACGGUCCGUUCUUGAUUGUGGUCCCUACAUCGACACUCUCCAACUGGCAGCGCGAGUUUGAAAAGUUCUGCCCCGAUCUAGAUGUCAGAUGCUACUACGGAAGUCAGGCGGAGCGGGAGGAGCUUCGAUACGAACUCGACCAGGACUCAACCUACCACGUCAUUGUCACCACCUACACUAUCGCGACGGCCAACGACGAUCGCAAGUUCCUCAACCGGCGCAAUUUCAAGGGCAUCGUUUUGGACGAGGGUCACAUGGUCAAGAACUGCACCAGCGCACGAUACAAGCAAUUGAUGUCGAUCAAGUCGCCCUUUCGGUUGUUGCUCACAGGAACGCCUCUGCAGAACAAUCUCCAGGAGUUGCUGUCGCUGCUGAUCUUUAUCAUGCCCAAGUUUUUUGCGCAGCACGAGGAGGCCUUAAGGACUAUGUUCAAGGUCAAGGCCGGUGUCGGUUCGGAGAAGAGUACGCUGCUGUCUAAGGAGCGUAUUAUCCGUGCCCGCCAUUUGCUUGCGCCGUUUGUGCUGAGGAGGAAAAAGAUUCAUGUGCUCAAGGAUCUCCCGGGGAAGAUUGAGCAUGUCGUUUAUUGUGAUCUUGGACAGGGCCAGAGAGAACUCUAUGACCAGAUCAUGAAAUCCAGUGUAUUCCAGGCUGUUUUGGAUGAGCCCUCAGAUGGGGAACUGGAUGUGACUGAGGGGGCCAGGGUCAUGUCGGCUCCCAAGAAGGUGGCGGGGGCCGCGAAAAAACCGGCGUCGUCCGAGUUUGCGAACGUGCUGAUGCAUAUGAGGAAGGCAGCAGAUCACCCGAUGUUGUUCAGGCAGCGAUACAAGGAUGCCAAGCUUAAGGAAAUGGCCAAAGUCAUCACUCGGGAGCUUGAAUUUUGCGACUCCAACGUUGACUACAUCGAGGAAGACAUGUCCGUCAUGACUGACUUUGAGCUCCACCGCCUCUGCCGACAGUACAAGAGCGUGAACAAAUUUGCGUUGCCAGGAGAACCAUGGAUGGAGGCGGCUAAAGUACAGGAGUUGCAAAGGUUGCUCCCCAGGCUAAUUCAGGAGGAAAACUCGAGGGUGUUGCUCUUUUCGCAGUUCACGAUGGUGCUGGAUAUUCUGGAGCCGAUCAUGAAAACGAUGGGUUACAAAUACCUGCGGAUGGAUGGCCAGUCCAAGUUGGACGAGCGUCAGCCGACGAUUGAUUCCUUCAACGACGAUGAGAGCUACAAGAUCUUUUUGCUAUCGACCAAGGCUGGAGGAUUCGGUAUCAACUUGACUGGUGCCAAUGUCGUCAUUAUGUACGAUAUGGACCAUAACCCCCACAACGACAAGCAAGCCGAGGAUCGCGCCCAUCGUGUCGGACAGACAAGAGAGGUGCACGUUUACAAGUUGAUUGCGCGGAACACGGUCGAGGAGCAGAUCUACCAGAUGGCGAAACUAAAGUUGAAACUUGACCAACACGUCAGUCAGGACGAUGCCUCCGCCGGGGCCUCAGCGGACAAUGAGGGCUCAGCCUCUUCGGCCUCUGUUGCUGGAAUCUUGAGUCUGGUCAAAAAGACCUGGAAGGCUACGCAUAAUGGCACCAUUGAUACUACAACAACAACAACCACUCGCAUUUAA